AUGGCUUCAGUAGAGGAAAUGGUGAAGGGAAAGGAUAAGAAGAUCCUGAUCAAGCAGCAUCCGUCAUCAAUGCCCACCUCACCCUCAAAUAUUCUGCCCGGAGGCCGAUUGGAACCGUUCGAUGAUCCUCCCUCCAAUUUUCCCUUCAUCACGAGCAGGACGGCUUCACAAGAGAAGAAGAGGUCAUCAGCAUCGAUUGAAGAUGAUGGAUUCUUGGCAAGCCUUCGAGCCGCGAAGCGACCCUUCCAAAGCGCACAUCAGUCGUUCCGACUUCGGAUGCUACAGGAGCAACAUGCUGGCGCCAAUUUUGAACCGGUGUUCGUUACAAAGAAACGUGCAACGCGUGAGGGGAAGAGCAACAUGUCGGAGUUCAAGGGCGGCGACCUGAACAAGUACACUGCUCGCAGUUAUGCCAUUCAAAAUGGGAAUGAGGUUUUUGGAGUCAGCGCACGC